AUAUUUUACAAGGAUUGGUGUAUUUACGAGGCGAUUUAUAAUAAACAUAGAAAAAUAUCUUUUACAAUGGAUAAGCAUAUAAAACCUUUGACAGAUCACAAUAUGGAUUCUCAGUUUAUGGCUGUGUUAGCUGCAAUAAUCGCAAUUAUUGUAACUAUAGUGUUAUUUGCCAUAUGGCACAGGAGAAGGUCUAUAGGAAAUAGUAUAUUAUUAACUGGUCUUAGUGAUGCUGGUAAAACACUGAUAUAUGCACGUCUACUUUGUUCUAAAUUUGUUAAGACACACACAUCUGUAAAAGAAAAUACAGGAGACAUCAUAAUCAAUAAUCGGUCUUUAAAAAUUGUUGAUAUACCUGGACAUGAACGUCUGCGUUAUAAAUUUUUUGAUCAAUUCAAGUUAUCCGCAAAAGGUCUUGUUUAUGUGAUUGAUUCAGUGACUUUCCAAAAAGAUAUCCGAGAUGUAGCUGAAUUUUUAUAUAACUUACUCUGUGAUCCUGCUGUACAUAAGAAAUCUAUACUUGUAUUAUGCAAUAAACAAGAUCAGACUAUGGCAAAAGGUGCAGCUGUUAUAAAGACUCUAUUAGAGAAAGAAAUGAAUUUACUACGCAUGACAAAAACAAGUCAGUUAGAAGCUACAGAUGCAUCAGCAACAAAUGUUUUUCUUGGCAACCAGGGGAAAGAUUUUGACUUCUCCCAUUUGGAUACAAAUAUUGAGUUUGCUGAAUGUAGUGCAUAUAAUAAAGAUUCCAAAACUUCUGCUGGUAUUGAGCAAUUAAACGAUUGGCUAAAGAAAAUUGUAUAAAAAUAUCCUUUCAUUUAUUGAAAUAAAUUAUUUGUUUUUAACUUUUUAAA